GUUCAGGUCCAGUGGGUCAUGACAUGUUUCAGUGGCAAGCAACCAUAAUAGGACCAAAUGAUAGCCCUUAUUCUGGUGGUGUUUUCCAAGUUGCCAUUCAUUUUCCCCCUGAUUAUCCAUUUAAACCACCCAAGGUAGCCUUCAGGACCAAAGUAUUUCACCCAAACAUUAACAAUAAUGGGAAUAUAUGCUUAGAUAUCCUCAAGGAUCAGUGGAGUCCAGCUCUCACCAUAUCCAAGGUUCUUCUUUCAGUAUGCUCGUUGCUAACAGAUCCAAACCCAGAUGAUCCUUUGGUUCCUGAAAUAGCCCACAUGUACAAAACCGAUAGGUCAAAAUAUGACUCAGUGGCUCGGUCCUGGACUCACAAGUAUGCAAUGUGCUGACUCACUGAUUUUCCCAGUCAUGAUCAAUUUCAGAACACCCCCAACUUGUUUUACUGCUGCAUUCUCGUUGUAACACAAUCUUUGUCUAAGCUUUAGCUAAGACUCUUUGAGGCAGCGGCCUGAAAUAACACAAUAUUUGUUGGUAGAUAGUCUAUCGGUUAGACGGGUCAACCCGUCAAACUUUUCUAAUAAAAAUAUAUAUUGAUGUUGUGAAAUACAAUUAUUUAUAUUUUUUAUGUUGUAUUUACUA